AUCGCACUGUGGGCCAGAUUCACGUGACCGACUUUCCUCUGGACAUCUUGUCCAAUCAACAAAUGCAUGUAAUCCAACCGCCUGACACAAUCACUGCACGAUCCCGCUGCCCAAAUCCAACAUGGCGGACGCCUCGCGACUAAAAGCUACUAUCUUCGUGGGUGGCCUCGACAACGCAGUGACGAGCCAGGUCUUGCAUGAAGCCUUCAUGCCCUUUGGAGACGUCGUCAACGUGACCUUGCCUAAACCGGAUUUGCCUUCGUCAGUGGACCCGCACCGUGGAUUUGGCUAUGUCGAGUUUGAGGAAACUGAAGACGCGGAGGAAGCAAUCUACAACAUGGACCAGAGCGAACUUUUCGGACGUGUCAUCAAAGUAGCGGCAGCUAAGCCUCAGAAAGAGCAUAAUGAGGGACUCGGAAGCAAGAAUGCAAUAUGGGAAACAGAGGCUUAUGCGGCGAAAUACAACGUGAGCGAGGAGGAUCGUCAAGUCGCUGAACGUGAAGGCGAGGGCUCAAGCAGCCAGCCUAUGGACCCCAUGCAAGGACUGGAGGGUUUAGACGAGGCAGGUCCAAAGCCAGAGUAAAGAGCAUUGCCAUCUAUAGUCUGCUCCGCUGCGUGAGAUCUAAUCCUUCUCCUGGAUUUCAUGUGCCAAGAGUGAGUUGGGUUGUGGGCUAAAAGGCGACAUGCAAUCGGGGGCCAUCUUAGAAGGCUUGCAGGGAGGAUCUAAGUAUGGAGGAACCCUCCUUAACUUCCAUAAUAAUACUUAGGAGCAGAAUCAACGCAUUGGCGAGGAGCUCGGCGUAAAGGAAAAAAAAGGUACGGUUCUGAA